AUGGCGGGCGCUGCAAGGACAGGGGGGCUCAGCUGGCAGCAUGGUCCCCCGGUGACGGUGCCUGGCCGGGGGCUAACCCCCACCGCAGCCGCCACGUUGGCCCCGGCGGGGAGCCUGGAGGUGUGGAUGCCGGAGCGGCUCACCUUCAGCCUCUGGGACUACGGGGUCUUCGGGCUGAUGCUGCUGAUCUCCACCGGCAUCGGGCUCUUCCACGGCCUCGCCAAAGGCGGCCAGAAGACCUCGGAGGAUUUUUUCACGGGGGGACGACGGAUGUCGGCACUGCCCGUGGGGCUCUCGCUCUCGGCCAGCUUCAUGUCGGCCAUCCAGGUGCUGGGGGUGCCGGCGGAGGCGUACCGGUACGGAGCCAAGUUCCUCUGGAUGUGCGUGGGGCAGCUGCUGAACACGCUGCUCACCGCCCAGCUCUUCCUCCCUGUUUUCUACCGCCUGGGGCUCACCAGCACCUACGAGUAUCUGGAGCGGCGGGUUAGCAGGAGCAUCCGGCUGUGUGGGACCGUGCAGUACGUGGUGGCCACGAUGCUGUACACGGGGAUCGUCAUCUACGCCCCCGCCCUGAUCCUCAACCAAGUGACCGGUCUGGACAUCUGGGCGUCCCUGCUCUCCACCGGAGUCAUCUGCACCUUCUACACCACCAUAGGUGGAAUGAAGGCUGUCAUCUGGACGGACGUCUUCCAGGUCUUCGUGAUGCUCUCCGGCUUCAUCGCCAUCAUCAUCCGGGGGGUGCUGCUGGUGGGGGGUCCCGCCAGGGUGCUGGCCAUCGCCGCCAAAGGCUCCAGGGUGAACUUCAUCGACUUCAACCCGGACCCGCGGAGCCGGUACACGGUCUGGACCUUCCUGGUGGGCGGCACGCUGGUCUGGCUCUCCAUGUACGGCGUCAACCAGGCCCAGGUCCAGCGCUACGUGGCCUGCAGGACCGAGAGGGAGGCCAAGCUGGCGCUGCUGGUGAAUCAAGUGGGGCUCUUCUGCAUCGUCUCCAGCGCGGUGGCCUGUGGCCUUGUGAUGUUUGCGCUGUACAAGGACUGCGAUCCCCUCCUCGCCGGCUACAUCUCAGCCCCGGACCAGUACAUGCCCUAUCUGGUCCUUGACAUCUUCAAGACGUUCCCGGGGGUGCCGGGGCUGUUCCUGGCUUGUGCCUACAGCGGGACCCUCAGCACGGCCUCCACCAGCAUCAACGCCAUGGCGGCCGUCACCAUCGAGGACCUCAUCAAGCCCAGGCUGCCCACGCUGUCACCGCGGAGGCUGACCCUCAUCUCCAAGGGGCUGUCGCUCAUCUACGGCACCUCCUGCAUCAUGGUGGCAGCUCUGGCCUCGCUGCUGGGCGGUGGCGUGCUGCAGGUGAGCCCUGGUGCGCUGGGCCGGAUCCGCGCCGCCGCCAUGGGGGUGCUGCCGGCCUCCGGAGCCCUCUGCCCGCUCUACAACCGCACCGCCGGCGCCAACCGCACCCUCCUGGGCCCCCUGCCCUGCUGCCAGGAGCCCCCGGCCCCGGCCCGGCCGGCCGGCGUGGGCGACUUCUACGCCAUCUCCUACCUGUACUACGGGGCGCUGGGGACCCUGGGCACGGCGGUGGCCGGGGCCCUGCUCAGCUCCCUGGCAGGACUUUUCCUGCCCUGA